AUGAGGGACACCUCCGUCUGCCUCUUUUUUCUUCUCGUCUGCUUGGCGGGAUCGCACGCAAAUUCGUCACAAGAGGCUUGGCUAAGGGAAUUUAUCCUGUCCAGAAGGAGCAGUGGUAGUGCGUUCAGUGCACAUGACGAGCUGGCCUUCACGGCCACUAGCCUCAAAUCAGAGUACUCUGGUACUGACCAGAACGCUCAGAAGGCGGCCGACAAGAUUACAGCGCUGCCCGGCCAGCCGGCCGGCGGCGUCGGCUUCAACCAGUACAGCGGGUACGUGACUGUCGACGAGAAGAACGGCCGUGCGCUCUUCUACUACUUCGUGGAAGCGAUGCACGAUGCUGCGGCAAAGCCGUUGCUCCUGAGGCUUAACGGAGGCCCUGGUUGCUCAUCAGUAGGCUACGGAGCAAUGAUAGAAAUUGGCCCGUUCGGCAUAAACAGCGACAACAAAACCCUGAGUAGAAACGAGAACGCCUGGAACAGCGAGGCCAACGUGCUCUUCCUGGAGUCACAUGCCGGUGUUGGAUUCUCGUACUCCAACACAUCUUCAGAUGAUGCAUUCGUUUUCCUGAUCAAUUGGAUCCAGAGGUUCCCUGAGUACAAAGCACGCGCCUUUUACAUCUCCGGGGAGAGCUAUGCCGGACACUACGUUCCGCAGCUCGCAACAGCCAUCCUUAGUCACAAUAUAAAGAGUAAAAGCAAUAUCAUAAAUCUUCAGGCUAUAUUGCUGAGGCAUCUCAAAACAAAAUUUCAGGUUGGCAAUCCGUAUCUGGACGAUAACAAGAACACAAAGGGGCAAAUUGACUACUUGUGGAGCCAUGGGGUGAUAUCAGAUGAGGUUCCAGGAAUUGAUCCGUGCAGCAACUACUAUAUCCAGGCUUACAUGAACAAUCCCUUGGUGCAGAAGGCUUUCCAUGCUAGAACGACAAAGUGGUCAGGCUGCACUGGAGACUUCGAUGCCGUCUGCCCACUCACCGCCACAAGGUACUCCAUCACUGACCUCGAGCUCUCAGUCAUGGAGCCAUGGCGCCCCUGGACAGCAACCAAAGAGGUUGGAGGCUAUGUUCAGCAGUACUUGGGAGGUCUUGUGCUUGUUUCAGUGAGGGGAGCUGGUCAUCAAGUUCCUUAUUUCCAGCCAGAGAGAGCACUAGUACUGCUCAAAUCCUUCUUGAAAGGAACGCUCCCACCUUAUGUAGUGGAGCAGUAA